AUGGACGCGAGCAAAAGCCACAAUGGACCCAAAAGCAGAAACAGUGGCGAUGCAAAAGAAAACCCAGCCAAUCUCUCGAAUAACGAGCCCUCAUUCGUUGCUUUUGAAGAAAAUGACCCCGAGAACCCGCUGAACUGGCCCAGGGCAAGGAAGUGGACUAUCACCUUGGUGGUCUCUCUGUCCGUGUUUCUCAUGCCACUGUCUUCGUCCAUUGUCGCACCCGAGCUGAGCACCAUCCAGGACGAAUUGCAUAUGGGCAGCUCUCUGGAAGCAGUCCUGGUUCUCUCGACGUUUGUCCUGACCUACUGCCUCGGCCCGCUUCUCCUCGGUCCGCUCAGCGAGCUCUUUGGCCGGGCGGCUGUGCUGCAUUCGGGCAAUUUGUUUUACCUCGUGUGGAAUCUCGUGUGUGGCUUCGCCCGCAACAAGGGUGAACUGCUGGCAUUUCGUCUGCUGAGCGGCAUUGGGGGAGCCGGCGGGCUGGUGGUUGGCGCAGGCAUCAUCAGUGACUGUUUCCCGAAAGAGGAGCGCGGCUGGGUCAUCGCCAUCUAUAACUUCGGCCCGGUGAUCGGCCCGUCUGUCGGCGCCGUUGUUGGAGGCUUCAUCACCCAAUACACGACCUGGCGCUGGGCGUUCUGGGCCACCUCGAUCUUCGAUGCAGCCCUGAUUGUACUGGGCCUGGCGGUGAUGAAAGAAACGUAUCCGCCCGUUAUCCUGGCGCGAAGAAGGAAGAGGAUGCUCCAAACAACAACCCACGCGGCAUUGAAGACACCAUAUGAAAACCAUGACAAAACCGUCGGCCAGCUCUAUCGCAACUCGCUGAUCCGACCGCUCCAGCUACUACGCGUGCAGCCCAUCGUGCAGAUUCUGGCCCUCUUCUAUGCGUAUCUGUACGGACUGAUGUACCUGGUGCUGUCGACCUUUGCAACUUUAUGGGAAGACAAGUACCACGAGCCGAUUGGGUCCGGCAGCCUCAAUUACUUCGCGCUGGGGAUCGGCUACUUCCUCGGCUCGCAGAUCUGCGGGUUCUUCGCUGACCCCAUUUACAGGGCGUUGAAGAAGAAGAAUGCCGGCGUCGGCAAGCCCGAGUUCCGGGUGAUCUUGAUGUUCCCAGCAUCUGUCUUUGCACCAGCUGGACUCCUUUGGUAUGGAUGGAGCGCGCAGGCAGUCACCCAUUGGAUUGUCCCCGAUCUGGGGAUCGGUCUGUUUGCCUGCGGUGCGAUGAUCUCCUUCCAAUGUACCACAGCUUAUCUCUACGAGGCCUUCACGCUGUAUGCGGCCAGUGCCACGGGCGCUGUCUAUAUUCUUCGCGGGCUGGCUGGCUUUGGGUUUCCUCUUUUUGGGCCGACCAUGUACCAGGCGCUGGAUUAUGGCUCGGGGACGACGGUGCUGGCUGUGGUGGCGGUGGUCCUGGGUCUUCCGGCACCAAUGAUCCUAUGGAAAUAUGGGGAAUGGCUUCGGGCUCGCAGUAGCUAUGCGGCUGGGUGA